AAACAGACAGUGAAGCUAAAUUGAGCAUUUCAGUUCUUGGUUUCAAUCCUUUUCUAUUAAUUUUUUCUGUUUCGUGCUGAAAUAUAUUCUGCUACCGUUUCUAGAUAGCUGUCAUUUAGAAUAUGCAGCGUGUCAUCGCUGGAAAUUUACAUUUGAAACCAUUCAGUUUUACAUCUGAGCAUGCCAGAAAUGAGAUAUAAGAGAUUUAGAAUGGAGCUUCGGUCUAAACAGGCCAUUCGCUCUGCUGGCCUGCUGACUGUCAUUCCACAGCAGUUUUUCCCUCUUCCAUUUCCUCACCCUGUCCCUCCUCUUCUCAUCCUCAUCCUCAUCCUCAUCCUCCUAGUCCCUCUGCCCACUGAAGCCUCAGACAUGAAGAACAGAACAGAUCAGGAGAACGGAUCCACCUUCCUGUACUUCGCUUACGGCAGUAACCUGCUAAAAGAGCGACUGCAGCUAAAGAAUCCAUCAGCGACUAUUUACUGUGUGGCUAGACUCAAGGACUAUAAACUGGUGUUCGGGAACCACAAAGGCCUUUUGAGUCUGCGCUGGCAUGGAGGUGUUGCAACCAUUGAGCACAGUCCAGGUGAUGAGGUGUGGGGGGUGGUGUGGAGGAUGAAUAUGUCUGACCUUGAGUCUUUGGACAGUCAGGAAAACGUUAUGAUGGGCACAUAUAGUCCAACAGAGGUGUCCGUCUCUUCCAGUGGCCUGGAUCUCAACUGUCGGACAUAUAUCAUGAACAGCUGUGUGUAUGCACCACCUUCACCACAGUAUCUACAGGUUAUUGUGAUGGGAGCAGAACAGAAUGGGCUUCCAGAGGAGUACCAGGAGAAGCUCAAAUCAAUUGAAACCAACAAGUAUGAGGGAUCUCUACCUGUGAUGAAGGAGCUGGAGAAAGCCAUGAAAACAUCCAAAGAAAGGACCGAGGAGAUUCUAUCUGAUGAUUAGCAUCGGAUAGGUUCGCUCUCAUAAAUGGAGUCUAUGUGCAUCCUCAUUACCAUCUGUAUAGAAUGUACACCACAUCAAACUUCUCAAAAGGCUAGUUGUGUUGUUUACCCAGACAGCUGAUUAGAAAUGUUCAGUAUUCGUAAUGUAUCAUAGCAACAGCAAAAAUUAUAAUGCAUAAAACAUUUUCUUUUAAGCUUGAA